AUGGCGUCCGCGCUGGGCGUUGGCGCACGCGCUGGCGCUGGCGUCCGCCGUUGGCGCUGGCGUCCGCGCUUGCGCUGGGCGUUGGCGCACGCGCUGGCGCUGGCGUCCGCCGUUGGCGCUCGUCGCUGGCGUCCGCGGUGGCGCUGGUCGCUGGCGCUCAAGCUCGGCGCUGGCGACGAGACAGUGGGCUUGUACCGCUUCAACAUUGCCUUUGAGGACCUUGUGUUGGAGCAGAGGGACUGGGUGAUGCUGCACCGCUUCAAUGUUGCCUUUGAGGACCAGGCAGGACUGGGUGAUCUGAGAUGGGAUGAUCUCUCGUCGGAGCAGAAGGACUGGGUGAUCUGCAAUGGUGCAUGGCGCAAGACCACUGUGCACGAGUGGGCAGUGCACCUCAAUCACAUCUAUGAGGAGUUCCUUGAACAACACAGCCACAUAGGGGAGAUGGUGCAGCCACACAGGGGAGGUGGUGCAGCCACACAGGGGAGGUGGUGCAGCCACACUGGAAAGGUGGUGCAUCCACACAGGGGAGGUGGUGCAGCCACAUAG